GUAUACCUACAACCAUGGCAGACGAGCUGAAUGAGAACGAAUACAAGACAAUAUUUGAUCCGACUACCCUUGUGAAGAAGGGACUAUGUCCGGUUACCCACUUCCGCGGACAGGACAACGACCCUUUUGAAAGUCACUCACUCUACUACGAAAUACACGGCGAGGGCCCGGAGAAAGUGGUAUUCAUCAUGGGUCUAAAUAGUACAUCAUUCUCUUGGGAGCCGCAGGUUGAACACUUUGGUCGUUCUGGCAAAUAUAGCGUCCUAGUUUUCGACAAUAGAGGAGUAGGCAACAGUGGGACUCCUCGUGGCCCGUAUACAACGUCUGGCAUGGCAGAAGACGCUAUAGUCCUCCUCGAAUUUAUUGGCUGGACGAAGAAGCGCGACUUGCAUGUUGUAGGGACCAGCUUAGGAGGGAUGAUUGCAAUGGAAUUGUCAAGCAGGAUUCCAGAACGUAUAGUUUCCCUGACUCUCACCGUGACCACUGCCGGGGGCAGACCUUGGUCAAACUUACCUUCGUGGAAGGGCUUAUCGUCUCUCGUACGACUCCUCACAAUUUCGGAUCCUCUCCAGAAAGUACCCAUUGCACUGGAUAUGCUGUUCCCCAAGGAGUUCCUCGAUGCCAAAGCUGAUGGCGAUCGUCAGGGCCGGACCAAUAGAGAAAUACAGGAACAGAAAUAUUAUAGACGUAUAGCUGCCACGCGUAUUCAAUCUCCAAUAGGUGCCAUCUCACAGAUGAGUGCAGGCUUGACCCACCGCGUCACACCCGACAGGCUUCGUAGAAUCUCGGCAUCGAUACCUAAGGUACUUAUCGUCACCGGAGAUGCAGACCACCUCGUAGACCCUCGUAACAGCAAAUACUUGAAGGAUAAUAUGCCUGAAGCUGAGUACCAAGUAUUCGAACAUACUGGUCAUGCGAUCCAUUUCCAAUGGCCCAUACGAUACAAUGAGCUUUUAGAACGUGUAAUGAAGGAGGGUCGUGAACGAGCCAAAGCCGAGCAUAGCGGCCAGUCUUGACUGAGUAGGAUAGAUAUUUGGAAUUGUUUUAUAAUUAUAUAAUGUGUAGAUCACGUCGACCAAUAGUCAUCCCUGCCUGUAAAGUCACCAACACACUCUCGUAAGGUCCUGGCCAGCGAUUCGCACGGUUAUCGUUCUCGCAAUGCUUCCUUUAAAUACACCCUUGCCUCCUUCGCAAUUUUUGCGAAAGCCUCACGCUUCACAAUCGGUUCGAUGCGCAAGUUCGAAGGCCAUGGCCGGAUAUUCGAAUCUACUUCCAAAGCUCCCGUCUCCUGCAGCUUUUGCUGUGCCUCGGCGUAAGCCUUUACACGUUCUUCACGUCGUGCAGUGAGAUGGUCGAUGAGUGUGGGCUCUGCUAGACGUUCGCCGGGUCGUAAUGGAGAAGAGAUAACCCGUUCUUGGAAGCGCUUCUCCAGUGCAUUGCGUGGUACGAUUUGAAUGAGACGCGAAAUCGUUGGUCGCAUUUUUUGUGUACGGGUGGUUGCGAUUCAAAUUCGUCUCA